AUGCCGCAGGGACAAAACGACGACCACGCUCCAGAGAUGCAGAGCUCUCCUACGGAAAUCAAAGACGCACCCGCGCCUUUCGACGACCGUGACGCCGACGUCAUCCUUCGCUCGUGCGAUCUCGUAGACUUUCGCGUCUUCAAAGUCGUCCUAUCCUUCGCCUCUCCUGUCUUCAAAUCCAUGUUCACCCUGCCACAAUCCCCGAGCUCUGCUCGCACCAUCGUGGCCGACGAUGACGAUCAUAGAGACGGGAUCCCUGUCGUUCGUCUCUCGGAGGAUGCAACCACCUUGGAGAGCGUGCUGCGCGCUUGUUAUCCAGGUACUAGCCCUCACAUCGACUGUUUGGAAGAUAUUGUACGCGUCCUCACUGUCGCAGAGAAGUACGAGAUGGAGGUGUUUCGUGUGACUGCACGCGAAAUGCUUCUGAACGGUCUUGAAUCUCGCCCCUUCUUGAGGUACGCGAUCGCCCGCCGAUUCAAGUUCAAGGAUGUUUGCACGCGUGCCGCUGUAGCUUCGCUCGUGCUAAGCCACAAAGCCAUCCUUCAAUAUCCUUCUGAGACCGUGACGUCGCCUUUACUCUCUCUUAUCACAGCAGAUCAGUUCCGGCAUCUGCUAUUAUAUCAUUAUCGUUGUGGCGAGGUCGCUAGCGGAGUGCCACUCUCCAGACAUUGGUUGAGUACCCUGCCACCUCUAAUUAUGAGUAGGGCUCUGCAAUGCUCCAGGUGUCAGGAGAAACGGACGCCGGUCGACACCGAUGGACAGGCCCAACCUCCACCAUUCUAUGCCCCGACCCUCCUUUGGAAUACUUUAGACCGCGUAGCCCGGGCGUUGAGGGAAACGCCAGACGCAAAAGGAGCCACAAAUGUCUUCCAAAGUGCUGGGGAUGUCGGGUCGUGUGGCUUAUGCUUGAUAAACAGGUCUGGGUUGAUUGUGCUGGUGCGCCAGAGUCUUAUGGAUGCGAUUAAUGUUGCAGUUGCAGAGGUGAAACCAUCUGACUUCGGCAUCGAGUCUUAG